CCACCAUUUGCCCACACUAUAACACCGCAAUAAUGAAGCCGCAGGAGGUAUCUCAGCUUGCUGCUAGCCUGUCGGCUUUAGACUUCAAAGCUAUCGAGCCUCAUCUCACCGCCCUUGACAAACAUCUCACGCUCAGAACGUAUGUGGAGGGGUACACGCUCAGCCAAGUCGAUACCGAUAUUUGGAUUGCCAUUCGUACAAACAGAGUCGCAGCUGCCGCUUUGAAGAGAGGAACUCUGGUCAAUGUUGGGAGAUGGUUCAACUAUGUCGAGCAAAGUCAUCCAGAGAUCCAGCAGGAGAUCAAGGCAAAAGAUGAGGCCGAGAAGGCAAAGAAGGCGGUUCAAAGUCGCGCAGGUGCCAGCUACAACAUGGCCUUACAGGAUGUCGAGAAGGGCGUUGUUACCAGAUUCCCACCUGAGCCAUCUGGAUACCUCCAUAUUGGACACAUUAAAGCCGCACUUUUAAACGACUACUUCGCACACGAGCUCUACAAAGGCACAUUACUCCUUCGAUUUGACGAUACCAACCCGUCGAAAGAGAAGCAAGAGUAUCAGGACUCAAUCGUGGAGGACCUCAAGAUGGUUGGAAUCAAACCGGACAAGACAAGUUACACUAGUGAUUACCUCGAGGACCUCUACCAAUAUGGCAUUCGCAUGAUCAAGGAGGGUCACGCAUAUGCGGAUGAUACAGAUCAAGAGACCAUGCGUGCUGAGCGAAUGGACGGCAUUGCAAGCAAGAAUCGUGAUAAGAGUGUUGAGGAGAACCUGGCUAUCUUUGAGAGCAUGAAGGAAGGAUCCGAUAUUGGACGGAAAUACUGCAUUCGUGCGAAGAUGUCUGUGGAUAAUCCAAACAAGGCCAUGCGUGAUCCAGUCAUCUACCGUUGUAAUGUGGACACACCUCAUCACCGAACUGGUACGGCAUGGAAGAUGUAUCCUACCUACGAUUUUGCUUGCCCAAUUGUGGACUCGUUGGAAGGGGUCACUCAUGCUUUGAGGACUACUGAGUAUACCGACCGAAAUCCGCAGUACCAAUGGUUCCUCGACACACUAAAGCUCCGUCAAGUGCACAUGUGGGAUUUUGCAAGAAUGAACUUCAUUCGAACUGUUCUCUCGAAGCGGAAGUUGACAAAAUUGGUUGAUUCCGGAGCCGUUUGGGGCUGGGAUGAUCCCCGAAUGCCCACCAUCCGAGGAGUCCGUAGACACGGAAUGACUAUCUCAGCGCUGCGAGACUUUAUCUUGAAGCAAGGACCAAGUCGCAACAUUGUGGUAAUGGAUUGGACGAAUUUCUGGGCUUCGAACAAGAAGGAGAUCGACCCUGUUGCGCCACGACAUACCGCUGUUGCAGAGAAGGAUGCAGUGAAGGCAACCCUUACCAAUGGACCAGAGAAGGCAUACACUGAGGAUAAGCCCAAACACGUCAAGAAUCCUGCUGUUGGUACCAAGAAGGUCGCUUUCAGCAAGCACUUGAUUCUCGACCAGGAGGACGUGAAGCUUUUUAAGGAGGGCGAGGAGAUUACCCUUAUGGGCUGGGGUAACGCGUUUGUCCGAAAGAUCAACGGAUCGAAUUCCAUUACGGAUAUCGAGCUUGAGCUCCAUCUCGAGGGUGAUUUCAAAAAGACUGAGAAGAAAGUAACAUGGCUCUCCACCGAUGGACAGGAGCUUGUCCCAGCUGAGGUAUGGGAGUUUGACCAUCUAUUCACCAAGGACAAGUUGGAGGAAGAGGAUAACUGGGAGGAUUUCGUCAACAAGGAUUCCGCGACCAUGGUACCGCAGUUGUGUGACGAGAACGUCAAGGAUUUGAAGGAGGACGAUAUCAUCCAGCUUGAGCGCAAGGGAUUUUAUAGAGUGGAUAAGCCGGCGGCAGCUGGGAAGGCUGUGGUCUUGUUUGGAAUUCCUACUGGAAAGACGAAGUAG